AUGGCGACCGUUACGCUUGAGAACAUCACCAAGACCUUCGGUGAGACGCUCGCGGUCGACGAUGUGUCCCUCCACGUCGAGGACGGAGAGUUCGUCGUUCUUCUCGGGCCCUCGGGGUGCGGGAAGACGACGACUCUCAACAUGAUCGCGGGGCUGGAGAGGGCGACCGCGGGCCAUAUCUCCAUUGGCGGCGAGCGGGUGGAACACGUACCGCCCGACAAGCGCGACAUCGCGAUGGUGUUCCAGAGCAUCGCGCUCUAUCCGCACAUGUCGGUCUAUCAGAACAUCUCGUUCCCGCUCCGCAUGGCGCGCACGCCCAAAGCGGAAAUCGAUCAACGGGUUCGCCGCGUCGCCGACCUGCUCAGGAUCGGCGAGCUCUUGGACCGCAGGCCGCACCAGCUCUCCGGCGGUCAGCGCCAGCGGGUGGCGCUCGGCCGCUCGGUGGUGCGCGAUCCGGCGGUUUUCCUUUUCGACGAGCCGCUGUCGAGCCUCGACGCCAAGCUCCGGGUCGACAUGCGGGUCGAGGUCAAGAAGCUGCACGAGCGGCUCGGCGCCACCUUCGUCUACGUGACCCACGACCAGGUCGAGGCCAUGACCAUGGCCGACCGCGUCGCCGUGAUGGAUCUCGGUAUCCUGCUGCAGCUCGGCUCGCCGGACGACAUCUACACGCGGCCAGCCAACCUGAUGGUCGCGGGCUUUCUCGGCAAUCCGGGCAUGAACUUCGUCACGGGCCGGCUUACGAACGGCGGCGGCGGUCUCCGCUUCGAAGGCGGCAAUGUCGCCGUGGAUCUGUCGGCCGCGGCAUCUUCGGCCGCCGCCUCCGGCCAGGCGGUUACCCUCGGCAUCCGGCCGGAGAGUGUCGAGGUCGGCGAGGGUGCGGCGGACGGUGCGACAGUGCACGGCAACAUCUUCGCGACCGAGCCGGUCGGCUCAGACCUCUUUCUCGACGUCCUGUUCGAGGAUGAGGCGAGCGUCGACGACGGAGCGCAUCUCUUCAAGGUGCGGGCGCGUCCGGACCUUAAAGUGCGGGUCGGCGAGCGGAUUCCCCUCUGCCUGCCCCACGCGAACCUCUAUCUGUUCGACGAUGCCGGCCACCGGAUCCACCCGGAAUAG